CCGCCCUUCCUUCCCAGGCCUUGGGCGCGGGGACGACCCCCGAGCGAGAACUGUUUCCGAGGGCAGCGGGGCCCCCUCCGCAGCCAGACCCCGCGCCUCCAUUGCUCCCAACUCGGAUUCCCAACUUGGGAGGCGCCGCGGGCCUGCGCACGCGCGCCUUCCUCGCCGCCUCCUCCUCCUCCUCCCCCGUCUUGGGAGCAGGAUCCGGGCCGAGCGGGCGCCGAGCCCCGCUCCCGGCUCACCGACCCGGCUCCCGGCGCGGCGCGCCGCCCCGCCCAUGCCGACGCCGGCCGCCUGCCUGGGGCGCCCUCGCCUGCGGGCCAGCUAAGCGCGGGCCGGCUCGGCGGCGCGCGGUGGGCCCGGCGGGCGCUGCCCUCGGCGGCGGCGGCGGCGGCAAGUUUGGGAGUUGCACUAGUUUGCGGGGUCGCGGGGAGCGGCCGGGCGGGGGGCUAUGGAGGAGGACCCGGGAUCGGCCGCCGCGUCAGUGCUGGAGAAGAACGUGGCGGAGCUGACCGUCAUGGACGUGUACGACAUCGCGUCGCUGGUGGGCCACGAGUUCGAGCGGGUCAUCGACCAGCACGGCUGCGAGGCCAUCGCGCGCCUCAUGCCCAAGGUCGUGCGCGUCCUGGAGAUCCUGGAGGUGCUGGUCAGCCGCCACCACGUCGCGCCCGAGCUGGACGAGCUGCGCCUGGAGCUGGACCGCCUGCGCCUGGAGAGGAUGGACCGCAUCGAGAAGGAGCGCAAGCACCAGAAGGAGCUGGAGCUGGUGGAGGACGUGUGGCGGGGGGAGGCGCGGGACCUGCUGUCCCAGAUCGCACAGCUGCAGGAGGAGAACAAGCAGCUCCUGACCGACCUCUCCCACAAGGACCUCGGCCUCUCGGAGGAGGAGCUCCAGAAGCAAGAAGGCACGUCGGAGCGGGAGCGGCAGGUGAUGAAGAAGCUGAAGGAGGUGGUGGACAAGCAGCGCGACGAGAUCCGUGCCAAGGACCGGGAGCUCGGUCUGAAGAACGAGGACGUCGAGGCUCUGCAGCAGCAGCAGACCCGGCUGAUGAAGAUCAACCAUGACCUGCGCCACCGCGUGGCCGUGGUGGAGGCCCAGGGGAAGGCCCUGAUCGAGCAGAAGGUCGAGCUGGAGGCCGACCUCCAGACCAAGGAGCAGGAGAUGGGCAGCCUGCGGGCCGAGCUCGGGAAGCUGCGCGAGAGGCUGCAGGGCGAGCCCAGGCAGAACGGCGCGCAGGAGCCCGAGGCGGAGCCGGGCGGCGAGGAGAGUAUCUCGGAGGCGGAGAAGGCAGCCAUGGAGCUCAAGGACCCCAACCGCCCCCGGUUCACGCUGCAGGAGCUGCGGGACGUGCUGCAUGAGCGGAAUGAGCUCAAGUCCAAAGUGUUUUUGCUGCAGGAGGAGCUGGCGUACUACAAGAGUGAAGAAACAGAAGAGGAGAAUCGCAUGCUCCAGCCUCCGCCCAUCGCCCACCCGCGACCGUCCCCCCAGCCCGAGUCAGGCAUCAAGCGACUUAAAGAAGGUCCCUUAAGUGACGGGUUUAGCUUCUUCUCCCGGGAUAAGAAGCGCCUGGCCAACACGCAGAGGAACGUGCACAUCCAGGAGUCCUUUGGCCAGUGGGCCAACUGCCACCGUGACGACGGUUACACGGAGCAAGGCCAGGAAGCCCUGCAGCACCUGUGACCGCGGCCCGCCUCUGCCGCAGGCCCGAAGUGGCCGCCGCCGGUGUCACCGCCUUGCACACCUCUCGGUCCGGGUGCACCCUCAGAACCGACCCGUCAAAAGAACUGCUUUGAGGAAGCACAUUGAAAAACGGGUGCCAAACUCUACAGAAGUGUUUAUUUAUCCCCAGGGCUGUCACCGUUUAUAAGAUGACUCUGAUCCCUUAGGACAUGUAUUUAAUAAGACUGUGAGUGGAGGCCAGACUUUUGCAUUAACUUCAGCAACACAAGCUUCGUUAAGCCAAAUACGCCACUUGCCACUGUGUAACUGCUGCGGCUGCUUGGUGUGCAGUUCUGCGGUCAGAGGUUUUAUCAUCACAUUGGUCAUUCUUAAGUGGGAGCGGUGGGUUUCAUGAGUCACUUGUCAUGGUGAUUGCAUACGUAUGCGAUGGACCCGGUAGACACGCCGGGCCUCUGGAGGCACGGGACGAAGACACACGGCAGCAGAAAGCAUGGCAGCGUUCCUCCCUCCCAGCAACUGGAGACAAGUUUGCGAGAGCCGAUGUUCCUCUCUGGCCCCUUGUUACUGAUGGUGCCUGGGCACGCGGCGCUGUUCAGGGCCGGUGCCUUGCGGGUUAUACGCAGUACUAACCAGUUGCUGAGGAUGGGAUUGCAACAUUUCUCAUGUGGAUUUUUUUUACUUGGCAUCUUUUCUCCAAGCCUUCACUAUGUCAACUACGUAGUCCCCUGCGAAGAAGACAAAUGUCCCAAAGCGGACUGGGAACAGGGUGCUAGAGCGUCGGGGGCGGAGGAUGGUGAGGGGGCAGAUGUGCCAGAGAGAGAGUCUGGGGGAGAGGGAGGCUCGUGAGUGGGGGAGCCAGACACCCUGUCUGCAGCCGGUGACUCUGGGGGUUGCCUGAAUGACGUCCUUUCUCUCCACCCACUGAGCAGGCGGGGCAGCAGGCUGGGUGCUCACCGAUUGAGAGGCGGCAUCUCCUAACGGGACUCGCACACGUGAUGGGGCCACCUUUCUGCACACUCGACUCUGAUUCGCUAAGAAACCAACCAUCGGGUCAGUUCACCGGCUCCAGGCUGCCCCCCGAUUGCUGAACGGAGCAGUCGGACAGGAUGAUGUCGCUGCAGAGCGCGGCUCUCCGAGCUGGCCGCCCGCCAGUUCCGGGUUUACUCUGAGUGAGAGGCGUGUGUGCCGAGGAAUCCCCCGCCCAGCCCCCCGCCACCCUCUGUUGCCCCCCCCAGCGGUGACCAGUGUGGCCAGUUUCUUGGUUGUCUUUUCUGAAAUAGUUUAUAAAUAUGCAUGCAAUUAUGUAAAAACAAAACAUAUAUUUUCGUUCUUUCACAUAAAUGGCAGCGUACUACCUACCCGCUGUUCUGGGCCUUUUUUCGUAGCACGCCCUGGGCAUGACUGCCUAUCGGGGCACAGGCAGCGGGCCUCCGCCAGGGGCGAUUCUGCUCCCUCCCGCCCCGGGGACAUCUAGGUUGUCACACUGGUGGUGGGGGAGGUGCUGCUGUCAUCCGGCGGGUGGGCUCCAGGGCUGCAGCCGCGUCCCCCCCCCCGCUCAGGACAGGCCCCAUGUGAAGAAUCGUCCAGCCCCAAGCGUGAGCAGCGCCGAGGUCGCAGCGCCCUGGUCCCACUGAUGGACACAGCUUCCUGCCCACCCCCUCCUAAGACAGCGCUGCACACUUCUGCACGCGUGCCUCGCUCUGCAGAGCGGCUGGCUCCAAGCGCGCAUGCCUUUGUCACGUUGAUGGCUACAAAGUCCCUGCCAUGGGGGUCUGCCCUUUUUAAGUUAGUGUGGUUCACACAGGCCUCAGCCCGAACGUCCAGGGCUGGGGUCUGAGGGUGUGUGUGUUUCAGUCCAGCAGCCCCCAGCCUUUUUGCUCCUUCAUUUCACUCGCACUCUUCAGCUUUCUCUUUUCAGGGGGCGGGAGGACCGCCGCAGGCCAUGGGCCCAUCACGCUGCAACAUGGGUGUUCCGUUCUAAAUGCCAGGCUCCCAUCCAGAAAAAAAAGCAGAAAGGCAGCGUGUGGCUCAGGAACGGACGCCCCGGCCGGUGAGGCUCAGGGGACUGAGCACCAGCCUGCGAACCAAAGGGUCGCCAGCUGGACUCCCAGGCGGGGCACAGGCCUGGGUUGUGGGCCAGGCCUCCAGUAGGGGGCACACAAGAGGCAACCACACAUGGAUGUUUCUCUCCCUUUCUCCCUCCCUUCCCCUCUCUAAAAAUAAAUUAAUUAAUUAAAAAAAAAAAAAAAAAGACUGGCGUGACACUCGCUCAGGAGCAGCUGAUCGCUGGCCUGGGCCGCUGCUCAGACUGGCUUGGUAUCCAGUCUCUGGACGUUCGCCUUGGACGCAU